AUGAUACUGACAAGAACAUUAGCAAUAAAGUGCUUCUCGAAUCAAUUUGAUAAAAUGCAGGAGGAAAAUUGUGGACCGGCUGGAUUCUGUUUCAUCAUGAGAAAAGACAAUUCAAUCAAAAGAGAUAAUUUUACUGUACGGGGUUGUGACCACACCUUCCUCUGCGAGUUGAUUAGUGAAACAAAAGGUGUGGACAAAGUUGUCUUUAGUGAGGGAAUAAUAAGCUAUUGCAUGAAUAAUGUGCAGUACAUGAACUUUUUCGGUUAUUUUUGCUGCUGUAACGCAGAGGAUUGCUGCAACAAGAAUUCCAAAGUGGAAGAGAUAUCGGAAGAAUGGAUUCUGAAGGAUUUAAUUCAAGGCACAGCAACCGAAGAAAAAUGGAAGAGAUUGCAAAAAAUGGCUGAAAAACAUGACGUCACCAUUGCAGUAUAA